AUGUCACCAACGACGAGUACAGUGAGUGGAGAUCGUGAGUGUGUAUCGAUACAACCCGCCGCCAAUGAACACACGGCACGGAGACACGACGCUCCGAGCGAGGACUCGGCGCGGACUGAGCGAGGACUGAGGAGCGUCGCCGUCCUCGGGGGGAGGAGGAGGGGGAGGAGGGGGAGACGAGGAGCCGGUGCCGACCAGUCUGGAGGAGCGUCCCGGACAAAAACAAACGCUUGA